AUGGCGGGCGGGCUGGGGCGCGGCAGGCGGCUCGGCGGCGUUGUCUUUAGGCAGCAGAAAUGGAAAAGCUCUGUGUCCAUGCGGGCAAAAAUGCCUCCUUGCAGCUUUGUACCUGAAAAAUACCGAUCGUAUCCAUAUGAGCAUAUGCUGAAGAUUCGUGAACAGAAUAUUGCUCCUUCACUGCGAAUGUAUUACAAGAAGCCUUUGUUGCUGCAUCAAGGACAUAUGCAGUGGCUGUUUGAUUAUGAAGGACAAAGAUAUCUUGAUCUCUUCGCUGGAAUUGUUACUGUCAGUGUUGGUCACUGUCAUCCGAAGGUAACUAUGGCUGCCCAGAAACAGCUUGCUUGCCUUUGGCAUACCACUAAUAUUUACAUGCAUCCAUCAAUCCAUGAAUAUGCUGAGAAGCUAACUUCACUUCUUCCAGAUCCACUUAAGGUGGUUUACUUAACCAACAGUGGGUCAGAAGCCAAUGAUUUGGCCAUGUUCAUGGCAAGGUUAUAUACUCGGAACUUUGAUGUCAUCUGUUUCAGAGGAGCAUACCAUGGAGGCAGUCCUUACGCGCUGGGUUUGACGUCUAUCGGUUCUUAUAAACAUGGUGUUGCCAAUGGCAUUGGCUGUUCAACAACAAUGUUACCAGAUGUUUUUCGUGGUCCAUGGGGAGGCAGCAAUUGUAGAGAUUCACCAGUGCAAACUGUUCGAAGAUGCAGCUGUUCUGAAGGUGUAUGUCAUGCAAACGAACAGUACAUUGAACAGUUCAAAGAUACUCUGGACACUUCUGUGCCAAAAACAAUAGCUGGAUUUAUUGCUGAACCAAUUCAAGGUAUUAAUGGAGCUGUUCAGUAUCCAAAAGGUUUCUUAAAGGAAGCUUAUCGGCUAGUACGGGAAAGAGGAGGUGUUUGUAUUUCAGAUGAAGUACAGACAGGAUUUGGACGGACAGGCAGCCAUUUCUGGGGAUUUCAAACGCAUGAUGUAGUCCCUGACAUAAUUACUUUAGCAAAAGGAAUUGGUAAUGGCUUUCCAAUGGCAGCUGUUGUUACAACAAAAGAGAUUGCAAAUUCUUUGGCUCAAAACCUUCACUUCAAUACCUUUGGAGGAAAUCCUCUGGCCUGUGUAGUGGGAUCUGCAGUUCUUGAUGCUAUUGAAGAAGAUAAUCUUCAAAAAAACAGCGAGGAUGUGGGAACAUACAUGUUACUAGAGCUUGCUAAACUACGGGAUAAGUUUGAGAUUGUUGGAGAUGUCCGUGGCAAGGGACUCAUGAUUGGGAUAGAAAUGGUGACAGAUAAGGACAGUCGCCACCCUCUUCCAUGUGAAGAAAUCAAUCAAAUCUGGGAGGACUGUAAAGAUAUGGGUGUUCUGAUCGGCAGAGGAGGACUCUACAAUCAGACAUUUCGAAUUAAACCCCCUAUGUGCAUUACUAAAAAGGAUGUUGACUUUGCUGUUGAAGUAAUUCACACUGCAUUAGAGAAACACAUGGGAAAAGCAGCUGCAAACUAGUCUUGUUUCUUUACAAGACGC